CCAAAAAUAAUUCUUCUCUUUUUUUCUCUUCAUUAACUCUUUUAUUACAUAUACCCCACCUCUCGCCGUUUAUACAACAAUAGCGCUACUAUAUGUCACCAACACCAACACUCAGUAGAAGACGAUCAUUUGGUAGUUGGAUUCGCAGGCUGGCUUCUGGAACAGGAGGUGGCACGAAUACACGAAAAGUCGGCCCUGUGGGUUCUAGAAAAUCUAGAGGUGUUUAUGGAGUUCCUGUAUGCGAAUCGAUCUGUUAUGCUCGAUCCACGGUCGGCUAUGUCGACGAAGAUGCUAUCAAGCAUAGACGAGCAGGAAUUAUCCCGCUUGUCGUGGCUAAAUGUGGAUCAUUCUUAAAGGCGCAUGCUCUGCAGACGGAAGGCAUAUUCCGGAUUUCUGGCAGCACCAAACGCAUUAAUGCCCUGCAGGCGAUAUUUGACGAUCCAAAAGAAUCCUAUGGUCUCAACUUGAACUGGCUUGGCUAUACUGCUCAUGACGCGAGCACAGCACUGCGUCGCUACCUUAACAAGCUUCCUGAGCCCGUCAUUCCCCAUGCAUUCUAUAAGGAUUUUCGUAAUGUCAUGAGUGACAAUCAUUACCACUCCCUCGAGGAACGGAUUGAAGCUUUUCAACACUUAAUUCAACAUCUGCCUAUCCCACACCAACACUUGCUGCUUUAUAUGCUGGACUUGCUGAGUCUAUUUGCGUCUAAUGCAGCAGAAACCAAAAUGGAUGCCGCCAAUUUAGCAGUGGUCUUUGCGCCCGGCAUAUUGAGUCAUCCACAGCACCAUUCUCCUGUGCAGUACCGCAUCUCACAGCGUGUCUUGGAGUUCUUGAUCGAGUUCCAAGUCUUGUUUACAAUGCAGUUAUUAUCGCAAGGGUCCACAAAGAGGUUAAAGGGUGCACCGCCUGUACCACCGUUGCCCAAGAGCUUUGUUGAUCCACGAGCCACAAAAAGUGAUCCGCUCCUGCCACUGUCGCCUCAGCCAGUCCGUCCGAUCCCGCGUCAGCUUUUGGCAGAUGUGCCGCUCGAUGAAAAGACGUCUGAAGACGAUGAUGAUCCAUUGCCGCCGUCACUGCCGAUGCCCAAGAAAGCAGGACCACAACCACCACAAGAAGAGGAAAUGCUGUCAACACCUUUGCCAGCAGUGGUACUGCCACGUCCGAGAUCUGCUGCUGAGGCAUCCACUUAUACAUCCGUCUCUCAACGAGCGCCCAACGACCAGCCAGUUGCAGAUGGAGAAGAGCAAGAGGAGGAUUACGAUGCACCUACUCCACGAGCCAUGUCGCCACUUUCUCCGCCACAUUUAACGGAAGAAAAUCCAUCAGAGCCGCCUAGAAAUAUGCUUCAAGAACUACGUGCUUUAAGGGAUAAUUUGCUACGCAUGAUGCCAGACAAGCCCAUCUACAAGGCAUGGAUCGGUCUUAUGAAUAUCGUGAUGCUGGUGUUGAUCUACGAACUGUAUCAGGCUUUAUGGGGAAUGUGCUGCUUUGAGCCAUACUUUUUCUUUGUGGGAUUCACCAUGUACUGGACACUCCUAUUAUACGGAAUCCAAUGGAAAGGCAAUGUUGAGCCACAUUAUGAGCAAUACCGCGGUGGAUGGCUUGGUGGUGGUGAUGAAGCUCAGGAUGACAAGAAAAUCAUAAGCGAGGACGAUGAUAGCGACGGCCUGUCCUUGUUUGACGAUAUUUCGAUUGCAGAGCAAGAUGUCGAGGAAGCUAUGCUACGCGAUACCAUGUGUGAAUGGCACAGUCUCCUCAGUCGAUCGUGGCGGAUCAAUAAUAACGACGAAAAUGGACAAAAGGAUUCGGAUAUGACAUCAAUUAUGAGUGUAUCAAGCCGAUUCAACGAGGAGGAAGGACUAGGAGAAGCUCAAGGGGAAAGAGGUGCCAAUAGCAAUAUCCCACAAGACUAUAACGACGACUACGACUACGACAAUGACACUGCUACGGAUUCUGUGCCGGACAUUGACUUCCAUGCGCUCUGGAACCGUCACCAGCAAAUUCUCCAAGAUGCAGAACUGGCUGCCAAGAUACAAGAAAAUGAAAAAAUGCAAUUCAGACGAAGGUCACAGAGUAGUGGCGAUAACCAUGAGGAAUGGAAGAUCCGCUAUUACCAACGGUAAUAGAACCAAUGAGGGAGGAUCGUCGUUGUUGUCGUCGUCCGUCAUCAUUGACAGAGCACCCUUUAUAUUUCCCACAUACACACACUCCUUAUUUUAUCUGUUUGUGCAUAACUUAAUGUAUGCCGCUCCACCCCCUCUCCCACGCACAUCUUUUGUUUUAUUAAUUUUGUGCGUGCGU